CUUCACUUGACAUUCAGCCGUUGAUUUUUGCACUUUUGGGGGUAGUCAGGUCCUGUUUUGUAUCCAACGAAGUCGUAAUCAAUCAUUUCCAAUCGCUUCUCGGAUAUUACAUAGACUAUUUAAAAUGGCUUUGAACAAAUUGAGUAUUGAAAAUUUGGACUUGGCUGGUAAAAGGGUUUUGAUGAGAGUGGACUUUAAUGUCCCUAUUAAGGAAGGUAAGAUCACCAGCAAUCAACGUAUCGUCGCUGCCUUGGACAGUGUGAAAUAUGCAUUCUCUAAAAAUGCUAAAGCUGUUAUUAUGAUGUCUCAUUUGGGACGUCCUGAUGGAAACAAGAACCCAAAAUAUACCAUGGCACCCGUUGCCGAGGAAUUGAAGAAGUUGCUCGGCAAGGAUGUUACAUUCCUUAAUGACUGUGUGGGACCUGAAGUUGAGGAAAAGUGCAAAAAUCCUCCAGAGGGUAGCGUUAUCCUGUUGGAGAAUGUACGUUUCUAUGUGGAAGAGGAAGGCAAGGGUGUAGAUGCCACCGGCGCCAAGGUUAAAGCUGAUCCAGCUAAAGUUAAGGCUUUCCGUGAAAGUUUGGCCAAGCUCGGUGACGUCUAUGUUAAUGAUGCAUUCGGCACUGCCCAUCGCGCCCACAGCUCUAUGAUGGGCGAAGGUUUCGAAAAACGUGCCGCCGGUCUAUUGCUGAAUAAGGAGUUGAAAUACUUCUCACAAGCCUUGGACAAUCCACCUCGUCCUUUCUUGGCCAUUCUUGGCGGUGCCAAGGUUGCCGACAAAAUUCAACUGAUUGAAAAUUUGUUGGAUAAAGUCAAUGAAAUGAUUAUCGGUGGCGGUAUGGCAUUUACCUUCUUGAAAGUAUUAAACAAUAUGAAAAUUGGUUCCUCAUUGUUCGACGAGGAGGGAUCUAAAAUUGUACAAAACCUGGUUGAUAAAGCAAAGAAGAACAAUGUGCAACUUCAUUUGCCAGUAGAUUUUGUGUGUGGCGAUAAAUUCGCUGAAGAUGCUGCCGUUAGCGAGGCCACCGUUGAAAGUGGCAUUCCCGAUGGACACAUGGGUUUGGAUGUUGGACCUAAAACAAGAGCUGCCUUUGCUGAACCAAUUGCCAGAGCCAAGAUCAUUGUAUGGAACGGUCCCCCAGGCGUCUUUGAAUUCCCCAAUUUCGCAAACGGCACAAAAGCUGUAAUGGAUGCUGUUGUGGCUGCCACUAAGAAUGGAUGUGUAUCAAUCAUUGGUGGUGGUGAUACUGCCUCUUGCUGCGCUAAGUGGAACACCGAAUCUCAAGUUUCACAUGUUUCUACUGGCGGUGGUGCAUCAUUGGAGUUGUUGGAGGGCAAGACAUUGCCAGGUGUUGCUGCUUUGAGUAAUGCUUAAACCCAUCAAUUUGGUUUAUACAAUUGAUCGAAAGUAGAAAAAAGCGCAUAGUUGAGCACAUAUGAAAAUGGAAAUACAAUACGUUGUGGUUGGCGGCAUAUUGCCCCGAUUGUCGUGACAUCGCUGAAUCCCACGUAUAUAUACAUAUAAGCUAAUAUAUGAAACAUACAUUACUAGUUGUUGAUUGAAUGUUUAAAUAUACAGAAAAAAGAAAAACAUA